ACCAGGAUACAGGUGCUUCUGUGGACUUGGCCAUUUGGACAGCACAGCCAUGAUGGAUAAUACCUCGGUCUGUCCCCCCAAUGCAACUGUCUGCAAAAGUGAUUCCUGCGUAGCACCCGAGAGCAACUUCAAUGCUGUUCUCAGUCUGGUGAUGAGCACUGUACUCACUAUCCUGCUGGCCCUGGUAAUGUUUUCUAUGGGGUGCAAUGUGGAAAUUCACAAGUUCCUGGGACACUUAAAACGGCCAUGGGGCAUCUUCGUGGGCUUCCUCUGUCAGUUUGGAAUCAUGCCUCUCACAGGCUUCAUCCUGUCUGUAGCCUUUGGCAUCCUCCCUAUACAAGCUGUGGUGGUGCUAAUUAUGGGCUGCUGCCCUGGAGGAACUGCUUCCAAUAUCCUGGCCUAUUGGGUAGAUGGCGACAUGGACCUCAGUGUCAGCAUGACCACUUGCUCCACACUGCUUGCCCUUGGAAUGAUGCCCCUUUGCCUCUUCAUCUACACCAAAACGUGGGUCGACUCAGGGACGAUUGUGAUUCCUUAUGAUAGCAUUGGCACUUCUCUGGUUGCUCUUGUUAUUCCUGUUUCCAUUGGAAUGUAUGUGAAUCACAAAUGGCCCCAAAAAGCAAAGAUCAUACUUAAAAUUGGAUCCAUCGCGGGUGCAAUUCUCAUUGUUCUCAUUGCUGUGGUUGGAGGAAUACUGUACCAAAGUGCCUGGAUCAUUGAACCUAAACUAUGGAUUGUAGGAACGAUAUUUCCUAUAGCUGGCUACUGCCUGGGAUUUUUCCUGGCUAGAAUAGCUGGACAACCCUGGUACAGGUGCCGAACAGUUGCCUUGGAAACUGGGAUGCAGAACACUCAGCUGUGUUCCACCAUUGUACAGCUCUCCUUCAGCCCUGAGGAACUCAACCUUGUGUUCACCUUCCCACUCAUCUAUAGCAUUUUCCAGAUCAUCUUUGCAGCGAUAUUAUUAGGAAUUUAUGUCGCAUACAAGAAAUGUCAUGGAAAAAAUAAUACUGAGUUUCAAGAGAAAACAGACAAUGAAAUGGAGCCCAGGUCAUCAUUUCAUGAGACAAACAAAGGAUUUCAACCAGAUGAGAAGUAAAGGGACAAAAUAGAAAGCUUACUGAAAGCAUUCAAUAAACUACAACUAUAAUUAUUUCCUUUGGUGGGAU